CGCGCGGAGCCUUUCACAAGCAGCUCACCCCGGGCUCGUCUGCUUUUAACUUUCUCGCAGCAGUGACGUCUAGAUUGCGCGGGGGAUUAAAGAUUAGAUUCUGGAACACGGGCAGUCAUUGCAUAAUUAACUCCACGCAGAGGAAUCGAGUUAUUCCUCAGUCACACUGGAUACACUCGACAAAGUGGCACAACGUGGGGGCGUUGUGGGGACGCUGUGCACCACCGCGGCGGCUCCGCGCAGGAGUCAGAAGCUGGAUGGGAAGCCGGGCGGACGUUAGGCUGUAGCUCGGGGAAACCUGCCGUGAAACCAUGCGUGGAAAAGGAGUUUUAGUUCGUGGGCAGCUUUAAAGGUGCGAUAGUGUUUGUCUGGAUUCCGGUCCUGUUCACGGAGGCAGCGAUUUCACGGGAAACCGACCCUACCAGAGAGGUGACAGGCUGCUACACCCCAGCUCCGCAGCUCCUCAUUAAAUGAUCCUGACAGUGUCUAACCUCUGACAUUACCCGGACAUCUACACCCGGCCUGGCCACGCGGUUGUAUUUUUUUUCUGGGUACAGUUCAGUCAACACCAUCAGAAAACUGCGCUGCUGGGACUUUUUCCACUCCCAGUAACAAGGAUAAAAUACUUCAGUGAAGUAACAAGAAGACAUUUAGUUCCACACAUGGAAAUUAUGUGAAAAAUAAAAGGCCUGGAAAUGCGUCGCAAAUGCUUUUAUCUGCUGGGGGUGUGCGCCAUCAUGAGCCUCCUGCCAUCAGCCUCGUUAGCAGAUCUGACAUGUGAAGCUCUGCUCAUGCUGUCGGGGAACGUCUCGUUGCAGUCCCUGGCCGCCACCUGGAACCAAACCCUGAGUAACGCCACAAGCCAGUGGAGCGGCUCGGGAAUCUACUGUGAAACCUCCAUCGAUGGGAUCGGCACCUGCUGGCCCAGGAGCAGCGCGGGGCAGCUGGUGGCGCGACCCUGUCCUGAGAUGUUUUACGGCGUCCGGUACAACACCACCAAUAAUGUUUAUAGGCGAUGUCUUGCAAAUGGGACGUGGGCGUUGAAGGGGAACUACUCCAUGUGUAAGGCCAUCCUUCACGAGGAGAAAAAAAGCAAGAUGCACUACCAAAUAGCCGUGAUCAUAAACUUCCUGGGUCACUGCAUCUCCAUGGUGGCGCUGCUCAUAGCCUUCUUCCUCUUCCUGUGUUUGAGGAGCAUCCGCUGCCUGAGAAACAUCAUCCACUGGAACCUCAUAACCGCCUUCAUCCUGAGGAACGCCACCUGGUUCAUCGUCCAAAUGACCAUGAGCCCCGAGGUGCAUGAGAGCAACGUGAUAUGGUGUCGCCUUGUGACCGCCUCCUUCAACUAUUUCCACUCCACCAACUUCUUUUGGAUGUUUGGAGAGGGCUGCUACCUCCACACUGCCAUCGUCCUCACCUACUCCACCGACAAGCUCCGCAAGUGGAUGUUCAUCUGCAUCGGCUGGUGUAUACCAUUCCCGAUAAUCGUGGCGUGGGCCAUCGGGAAGCUCUACUACGACAAUGAGAAGUGCUGGUUUGGGAAGCGAGCUGGCGUGUACACCGACUACAUCUAUCAAGGUCCCAUGAUUCUGGUUUUAGUGAUCAAUUUCAUUUUCCUCUUCAACAUCGUACGAAUCCUGAUGACCAAACUGCGAGCCUCUACGACAUCAGAGACCAUCCAGUACAGGAAAGCCGUGAAGGCCACGCUCGUCCUUCUCCCCCUCCUGGGAAUCACCUAUAUGCUGUUUUUUGUCAACCCAGGGGAAGAUGAGAUCUCUCAAAUCGUCUUCAUCUACUUCAACUCCUUCUUGGAAUCCUUCCAGUUUUUUUUUCUGUCAUUUUGUGAACUAAAUGAUCAGGUGCGCUCAGCCGUGAGGAAGCGCUUCCACCGAUGGCAGGAGCAGCACUCGAUCCGAGCCAGGAUGACCCAGGCCAUGUCCAUCCCCACUUCACCUUCACGGGUCAGCUUUCACAGCAUCAAGCAGUCCACGUCGCUAUGAAAGAGGAAACCAGCUUUGUCCUACAUGCUCGCGCUUUGGGAGAAACCUCCAGCUGUCAUUGUCAUCCUUUUCUGCCACAUCACUGGAGUAACACUAAAACACUUUCUGCGGCUAGAGAUCUAGAGAGAGGCUGCAUCAGUCUCCUAAACCUCAGGAGGGACAUUACACAGACUUUCAGGAGAAAAUGGAUGGGUACAGGCGGGAGAGGACAUUGCAAUGUUUGUGAAAAUGGGAGGUUAGUGGAUCAAAAAGAUGCACGUGACCAAGCUGAUGAGUGUGUACUGGAGUUUGAAUGUACAGCACUUGUUUAAUUGUCUGUCGUUUCCCCGCUGGCACUUUGUUUUUGCUAACAUCGCCAUCACGAUUGAGGAUUUAUGCUCCUGGACUGCACCGAGCUGGAUUCCAUCUCAGAGGAGUCAUGUGCUAGCAGGGACCAGUGACUAAGUCGUUACUUAUCCUGAGAUUUUAUUUUAAGUUUUUAUUUUUCUCUCAAGCAGCUGUCUGCUUCUGGUGUUUGUUUAUUUGAUGUUGUGCUUUCUUCCUCUGUUCUCAGCUCGGUGCGCUCGUGCUGCUUUCAUCGACUUUCCAGGAAGGUUAAAUACAUUCCAUAAUUCCUACCUGAAGAGUUUUGUUCCAGAAAAAACAGACACAUUUACAGCUUUGAGUAACCUCCAAGUGACCCUCUGGGGACAUUUAUGACCCUACGUGUAUAUUUCUGUGACAACUUUAAUUGUUUUCUGUAAGAAGUGGCUCAUUGGGAUGGCAGUGUUUGUCUUCUAUUUACAUUUUCCACCUUUUAUCGCUGCAUUGUGACAGUAACAGACUAAGAACAGCGUGAUUUAGUGCUGCAGAAGCCCAAUAAUGCAAUGAAAACAGCUCAGCUGAUGGAAAAAAUUCAGGUUAACUCCCAUAAUUUCUUACCUCUUAACACUUUAGAAUAUUGGUCAUAGAGAAAGGAAACAUAGUAUGAUGUUAUAAAGAUAUAAUCUAGCCUUUAAAACAAUUUAUUCCAGUAUAGAAUCUAAUGGGGUCAUAAAUGACCCUACUCAGUCACUUUAGUGGCUAUAGUAGCUCAGCUACCUGAGGUUUAAGGUUACUGUCAGUUAGUCUCACAUCAUUCGUCUCCUUUCUGAGCUCAGGUGACUUCUUAGUCGAGCACAAAGAGUGAAAGUGGAGGAAAUAGCCUUUUACUGCAGAAUAAUUACAUGGCUUAACUCUCGCUUAAAGCACAAGCUAUGAUGUGUAUGUUUCUAUUGAUGUACAGAUUAAACAGGCGGGUCGAUACACGAUAAUUAGGGCGGUGUAGGGUGGCUGUGGUUGAGAUGAUGGAGGUAUGUCCACUAAUUGAAUUUAAAAACCUCCUCCUCACAUACAAAGUCCUGGAUGAUCAGGCCCCAUCAUAUCUUAAAGUCCUCUGAGCACCGCAUUAUCCCAAUAGAGCACUUCACACUCAGUGAAAAGAACCUUGAGACGACUGUUUCUGUGAAUUGGCGCUAUAUAUGUAGGAUUUAAUCUAACUGAAUUAAUUGCAGGGUUAGCUGUCCAGUCUUCAGCUCCCCCUAUAAUAAAACCCUGGACUGAAAUGGCAUGUGAUAAAAAUCUGCUGGAUAAGCGAAUUCCAUUCAGCUUCAUAAGUGCAUAUUUCUAUAUAUAGCUAGCCUUUGCCCCUUUGACUACAGCUGCUGGGCCAAGUAAGGCUAAUCACUUCCUGGCUUUAGCUCACAUUGGGGCAAAAUAUGGUCAGAACGUCCCUACAGACCAUUUCAAUCUGACCCCAAACAGAGGAAAAUUGAAUAAGAAUCAUCACUCAAACAUCUCAAGGUGAUUGUCUGCUAUGACUGUGUGUGGUUAUCAAAUGCUGACACAACAUUUAGUUGGAAUUUUCUUUUAUUGUAACCUGUAACAAUGGUUUCUAUUCAGCUACAGAGACGUGUAGCCUUUCUUCUAAUUUAUCUUACUGAUCAUUUAUGGUGCGCCUGCAGAUCUGCCUCAGUAAUAAUUGGUAGAAGGUUUUUUGUGCCGAUUUGACCUACUUUGGCCUGAGAGGUUGGCUGCAUUCAGACCAUCUCUGAAUCACGUGUGAUGACCUGAAUUUGGCUAAGAUGUAGAUCUGGUUCAGCUUCAGACUCAUUGGGACUCUUGGGUGUCUCUUUGGCUGUGAUUUUACUCCUGGCACACUGGUUCUGGACCAUUUUGAAGCCAGACCAGUUUGGAUACAUGUGUACUCGGAAAGUGCACACAUGGCAUAUUUUGUUUUCUAUACACACACACGCACACAGUAACCAUGCAUGUAUCUCACAUAUUCUCAUCAUCUUAUCCAAACUAAAUUUACCUAGAAAGAAUAAACCUUUGUGGGCAGAAAAACAAUAUUAACAUUAGAAAGUUAAUGUGGCAACAUACAUUCAAUUCUAGAUAUAAGAAAGACUUUUUUUUAAAAAUUAACCCACUUUCAAAAGAUCAAAUGUUUAAUUAUUUAAUUUAGAAAUAAUUAGUAUAAUACCUGUGAAACUAUUUAUAUUUUCUCUCUGGCACUUACCUCUAGAAAAACAUAAGUCUAAGCAUAAGAGAAGCAGCUACUAAAUGCUUCACUGUGUUCACCAACUCUGUUUGUUUACAUCUGAAAGAAACAAAAGAAACAGAAAAACCAAAAGAAUCAGAAUAUUUAAAACCCAAAACUAUGACCUGAAAGUUGCUCAAAAAGAGAUUUUUAGAGAUGUAACCACAGGACCAGUGUGAGUGACAGCAUGUUUCACAUUACUUGGACACACAAUACAUUUAAUUUUGUGGCACUUUAAAUCAAAUUAAGCGUCGUGUUAGUUCAGGUCACGAAGUGAUUAAAGUCUCUGCGGCAUCCCGCAUGGUUUUCUUUUACACAUCCUGUUGGUUAAACUUCUCAGAGCCCACAGUUUCACUCUUUCAGCCUGCAUGUAGUUGCUGUGAAUCUGCAAGCCACUUUGCAACCAGUCAUGUCAUGGAAAGAUUCUGCAUUAGUGGUCCUUUUAGUGCAGAGACUUUCACAAAGUAUAAAAACUGUGCAGUGAGAAUGAGUGGACCACAUGUUCAGCAGUUCCUUUAUUGCUUGUAAGUUAGUUAGUUGUUAUAUUUUUUACUUGUCAGGGACCAGGCACAAAAGGAUUGAACUCAUAUGAGAAAAGAUGCCUUAUACUGGAUUUAGCUACAAGCACUUUAAAUACACACAAUAUUAAACAAGCCUAUACUACAAAUGCAGAUAAGAACUACAAGAUAAUCAAAUGUACAAGCUUCUUCUUCUUUAGUGGGUCAUCUGCUUCCAUUUCACUCUUUCUGUAGCAUCCACCUCUGUCACAUGACCCCCCUCACAACAUCUUCACUGCAGUCUGUGCUGUGCGUCCUGCCUGGCAGCUGCCCUGUCCGGACUGUCUCGGCAUUGCCUCACUAAGUUCCCAUCCAAACACCUCAAUCUGAUGUACUUAUUUCUAAUCCUUUUCAUGCUGGAUUCUUCUAAUGAUAAGUACAGUUUCCACCGGCACCCUGUUAGCCAACAGCAUCAGGGUUGGUCAUUUAUCCACCCCGGACCCUGACUCAUUAUGAGUCACGUGUUUGAUUUGACUGCCCUUUCUGACGCAACCCAUCACAUUUAUCUGGGCUUGGGACAGGAAGUACGCAGUGUUGUGCUCGGCAGUGGCAGCAACAGGUAUAAAUGACCACAGAUAUGAUUUCAACUGAGUCGAAAAUAACAAGAAAGCUGGGAGAGAAGGUGGGUUGUAAAGCAGCUUUUACAUGUCCAAAGUGCUAUGCUCAAAGUGUCACCCAUUUGAAAGCAAACCAAGUUAAAAUUAUCAGUCAGAAUUUAGUUUUUAAAAAAAAGGAAUAAUCUUUAUAGAAAGCAAAUGAAAUGAUCAAGUUUUACAAGUUUUAGUCAGACCACCGCCGCCUCCGAUGGUCUUUGUGGAACAAAACUCUUCAGCUGAUCAAAGAGACUUAAUAGAUCGACUCGACCAGCAAGCAAAGGGUUCCUCCAUUCAGGGUGGUGUUUAUACUCAUUCACACCUUUCUGUGGCGUUCGAUUGACUUGAACACUUGCAGUAACUGUAUUUACUGAUGACCUGUAAAUAUAUAAAUAUCAGAGGUGAGUGUGAUGGGAGGGGGCUUUAAAAUCCACGAAUAGAAACCAAAAACACAAACCACACACUGUAAAUCAUAUGGGCACAUUUUCCAUGUGAUCAGCAAUUCACAGUCCACAUUCCUAUGAUACCAGUAUGCCUAGCACCUGUGCAUUUUUAUGAGAAAAUUGUAUAUGAACCUUUUCUUUUUGUCACCCUAUUAUUAUAAUUUUUUUACCCCUUGUAAGUGAUGUGUGAGCUCUGGUUGUGAUAAAAAAAAAGUCAAAUUAUUUUAAGUAAUUGAGUUUUACAUGAUGCUGAUCAUCACUUGUAACAGAGCAGCUGCUUUCAGCUUGAUUCCAGCCUUUUGUGGUGGAGAAAAUUCAAAUUAAACGAAAGAAACGUGUAGUCGUCAUGCAAUUGUGCUAGGAAUUUUCAAAAUAAACGUUUUACAUCAGCAAGAAUAAGAAAUAUAGAAACCAUGCAAAGAGAAUCUUCAUCGUUUUGUGGUACGUAUACGGUGGUCAAUGAAA